AUGCGCCCACACCAGCAUUUACUGUCGCCCGCACCAGCGUCUACCGUCACCCACUCCCACACCAGCGUCUACCGUCACCCACUCCCACACCAGCGUCUACCGUCACCCACUCCCACACCAGCGUUUAUCGUCACCCACGCCCACACCAGCGUCUACUGUCACCCGCCCACACAGCGUUUACCGCCACACGCCCACCGGCGUUUUCACCGUCACCCACGCCCACACCAGCGUUUACCGUCACCCACGCCCACACCAGCGUUUACCGUCACCCACGCCUACACCAGCGUUUACCGUCACCCACGCCCACACCACGUCUGGUCACCCACCAGCGUCUACUGUCACCCACGCCCACACCAGCGUCUACUGUCACCCACGCCCACACCAGCGUUUACCGUCACCCACGCCCACACCAGCGUUUACCGUCACCCACGCCCACACCAGCGUCUACCGUCACCUACGCCCACGUCUGUGCUUACUGUCUCGCACCACCAUUUUGCCACCCACGUCUACACGCCCACUUCUUCAGUCACUUGGCCACCCAUGCCCAUGUCUGUGGCCGCCCACGCCCGCAGUGUCAUGACAAGACCUUUUAGCUCGUCACUCAGUCAUCACCCAUAA